AUGCGUACAUAUAAACUCAGUUCACACAUAGGUCAUGAGAAACCACUCCAUUCUUCUCCACUUUCAUCUGCAACGACGUCAAUAGGAACAUCUGAACUACCAAAGCUUCAUCCAGAACAAGAACACCAACAACUCGAAGAACGAGGAAUGAAAGUGAAUCUUGGGAUGGAAAGGAAGAGUGUGCGGUUUUGGUUGAGCAUGAUUGGGGUUUCUGCUGUGAUGGCUGUAGCUGCGUUGGGGUCUAGUAUCAGUUCGAACGGUCAUCAUAUGGCGUUGCCGCCCGGUGCUGACUCGGCUUUGGGAUUCAACGUCGACGUCUUGGCAAGAGCAGAAUCCUUUACGAAUCAGGUUCGGUUCGACAACUAUAGUCUUCUUGUGAAAGACCAGAGGUUCUUCUUAUAG